AUGAGGAGUUCCGAAGUAACAAAGGGAUCGAGGCGAAUAGAAAAUCCCACAGAAAGAUUAAAGCACAUUAUUGAUUUAACUAAUGCAUGUAGAAAUUAUCUUCUCGGUGGUUUUUCGAUGUUCUUCCUACUAGUAAUGUUGAGGUUGUUUGAUUUUGUUAAUUUUUCUGCUAAAUUACAUGAAUUUUCAGAUUUGAUGGGAAAUUAUGAUUUGAUUGACAUUACUUUGACUAAUACUGUGGAAAAAGAACCUGAUCCAACAUUUGUAAUCGAUGAAGACUUUGACGAAGUAGAUGACCAUUCUGUGCGUUGGCCAAGUUUUAUCGAUUUCAAUAAAACAGAGCAUAGAAAAAUCAAAAAUUUUUUCAAAGCUACUCUUAGGAAACCUUUUGAGGCUAAAAUUAGAAGGAAGUCUAGUACUGAAGAAAAUCGUAUACAAAAAACUUAUAGAGCUACUCAAAGUUCAGACUCUGAUAAUAACAUAAAUACAGAAGAUAACCAGAGUGACACCGCUAAAAACAUUCCAGAGCAAGGAAAAUCUGUGUCAAAAUAUAAAAAUGAUUAAUAUAUUCAGUGCUAUUGUGGGAUCUAUACUGUUUUUAGAAUUGGUUAUUAUAGUGGCGCUUCUGAAACCUGUCAAAGAACCAUAUUACAUAAGAAAUGUAUGGUGCCAGUUCCAAGAAACAUCAUUUGACACUUCUAAAGUGUUAGGCGUUGUUGCAAUGUGCCUUUUCUUUAACAGUUUCAUGGAUAUGUCUUGGGAAACUAGCCAUCAUAAGAAUCUUUUGCUUGAAGUAAAGGAUACCAAUCUUGUCCUUGAGUUCUAUUUGAGCAAAAUGUCAAUGUGCUAUCUCUGUUUUUUCAUGGUAUUAUUCUGUUACAUCAUCAUUGAAAGAAUUGUACAAUCCUUAAGUAUGAUUGCUAGAUUAUUAGAAUUUGAAUUGAUGUGCAGGCAUGCCAUAUUAACUAGAGACAAUGUUUCGCAAAUUUAUUGUACAAUAUUGAUGUUAAACAGUUUGUAUGAAACAUUACGUGCUAAUGAUAGACGCGGUAUUUCGUCACAAUAAAAUAUAUAAGUCAAAAAAUUAUCAGAUAAAAUUGUGUUUUAUUUUAUCAUUACUUAAAUGGUUAAACAUUGUAAUGUAAAUGAAAAUAAAUAACAUUCACAUUAAUUCUUUAAUUGUAAUACAAAUAAUAAUGUUCUCAAAGCUACGUUAUCUUUAACUGUUGUUUCAGAUCUCAUAUAUUAGAGAGAAAUACAGAUAUUAUUAUUAAUUACUAUACAGGAUCAUGACUCACUUAAAAAAAGACGUUCUGUAUUAUACAAUAAUAAAUUCUUUAUUUCACAAAGGUACAAUGAGCUCCCUGACGUCUGAGGUAGGUAUAUAAAACCUGGGCUUUACACACCAGUUUCCUUUACCAUCUUAUGAUAACAUAGCAAUCCACGGAAUAAACUAUGUACCAUUACAAGAACAAAACAUGGAAACAAAAACAAUGGCG